AUGGCUGUAAAGGUAGACACAGGAGAAGUGGAAUUGCGAGUCAUCUCUGCUUAUGCGCCACAGGCAGGCUGUAGUGAAGAAGAGAAGGCAAGCUUUUGGGAGGAUCUGGAGCAGUACGUCCAUUCCCUGGAAGGCGAAGUAGUACUUCUAAUCGGAGGAGACUUCAACGGACAUGUCGGUUUUCGGAAAGACGAGUUCGAAAGUUGUCAUGGUGGAUACGGUUAUGGAGCUCGUAACGACGACGGGUUGCGAAUCCUGGAGUAUGCUGUUGCAAGUGACUUGAUCAUUGCUAACACGCAGUAUCAGAAAAGAAAAUCGCAUUUGAUCACGUACACCAGCGGCGGUCGUAAAACACAAAUAGAUUUCUGGAUGUUACGCCGACGAGAUCGCCGACUUCUGCAGGAUUCAAAAGUCAUCCCUACAGACCAUGUCGCUGCCCAACACCAUCUGCUCAUUAUAGACUUGAAAAUCUCCCGUCCAAGGAAGAGACAUCCAAGGACUGAAACACAGCGCAUCAAGUGGUGGAAUCUGAAAGAUCGAAAGGAGGUAUUUUUCGCGUCCGUGGCUCCAUCUACACUUCCCCACCCUACUCGUAGUGUGGAGGAAAUGUGGUCGUCUACUUCCAGCGUUAUACGCUUGACCGCGGAGAACACUCUGGGAAAGACAACACUAGGGGCUGAUGGAGCCGUUCUGCGCCCCUCUAGUCAGAUCCUGGAGAGGUGGCGAGAGUACUACAAUCACGUGUGUAACGAAGAGUUCUGUCAUCCUCCCAUCCCAACUGUUCCCAGCGUCGAGGGUCCUGUUCUACCAAUAACUGCCGUCGAAGUCAUUGCUGCCUUUGCAAAAAUGAAGUCGAACAAGGCCACCGGUCCUGAUGACGUAACUGCUGAUGUCUGGAAGCUGCUAGGAGAUCGAAUGUCCGUGUGGUUCGCAACUCUAUUCAACAAGAUCGUUGCAGAAGGACGUUUGGCAAACUUCCGUGACCGUGCCGGAGCUCGUCUGAAGAAAAUUGUCAGCGUUUCACUCAACCAGUGCGGUUUUGUGAAGGACUGCAGCACUAUAGAUGCUAUCCAUGCUGUCCGUAUCCUUCUGGAGAAACAUCGAGAGAAGAACCGCAGUGUGCAUGUUGCUUUUCUCGAUCUCGAGAAAGCUUUCGACCGUGUCACACAUGAGCUGUUAUGGAUGUCCACGAGGUCGCAUAGAGUACCAGAAGAAUAUGUGCGGUGGACGAAGCUGAUUUAUGCGAAGCCUACCAGCGUUGUACGAUGUGCUGCUGGAACAAGCAGACCAUUCCCUGUACAAGUAGGGGUUCAUCAGGAAGCAGCGAAUCUAGAAGCGUGGACUCUACUCUUUGCCGACGAUGUCAUGCUCGCGUCGGAGUCUCGAGGUGAUUUUCAGAAACAAGUGAAUUCUUGGGAGGAUCGGCUGCAGAAAUAUGGAUUGCGCCUCAGCAUAUCGAAAACUGAGUACAUGGAGUGCGGACCAAGGAUGGAGAAUGGUUCAAUUCGUGUCGAUGGCACCGAAUUGAAAAAGGUGAACGGUUCCAAGUACCUUCAAGUACCUGAAAAUGGCCUCACUUUGAACGAUCCACGUGAUUUUAAUGUGAUACCUAUCAUUAGUGGCUCUGUCGAAGGCGAUAACGCCGAAACGUUAGCCGUUGUUUAA